CCACCCCCCAACCAAUAAUUUCCCUUACCUAGCUUGCUAUAUUUCUCUCUUCCACCCUCCCAACCUCUUCAUAAUAUCUUUCCUAAAAAUCUCUCUGAAUAUAACCUUUGAAAGAAAUGGGAAAUGAUAGUGUUUGUAAUAAGGGUACUAUUGUCCUAGAAUUAGGUCUUAGUUCAUGCAUGGUGGAAAACAACUCCACCAACACCACCAAGAAGCCUUGCAAUAUCCUGAAUUUUGAUCCAUCCUUAACGUUGGCUCUUUCCAGCGAUCGUGAUCUUGAUCAUGGAUUAACCAAGAAGAAACCCGACGAUGGUUUGUACCGACAAGAUAGCGUUAGCGUUGGUUCAUCAUUAAUCUCGGUUGCGAGUGUGUGUGUUAAGAGGGAAAGGGAGGUCAAGAGUGAAGAAUCGAAGAGAGUGAUUAGCACAACAAGUCAAGUUGAAGAAGAAGAUGAUUAUAGUGUUAAUGACAGGAAGAAACUCAGACUUACUAAAGCUCAAUCUGCACUUCUUGAAGAAGCUUUCAAACAUCAUAGUACUUUAAACCCUCAGAAACAAAAGCAAGAGCUUGCAAGGGAGCUAAAGUUGAGGCCUAGGCAAGUUGAAGUUUGGUUCCAGAACCGAAGAGCCAGAACAAAGUUGAAGCAAACAGAAGUUGACUGUGAAUACUUGAAGAAGUGUUGUGAAGCACUAAAGGAAGAGAACACUAGACUCCACAAAGAGCUUCAAGAACUGAAAGCCCUCAAACUGGCAUCUCCGCCGCUGUACAUGCAGUUGCCGGCGGCCACCCUCACCCGCUGUCCAUCAUGCGAACGCACCGCAGACGCCACUUCCUCCGCCACAACUCAUCCUAGUUUUACCAUGGCUCAAAAACCACACUUCUUUAACCCAUUCACCAACCCAUCUGCAGCCUGCUGAUUGCCAAUUAUUUAAUUAAUUUUCUUUCAUUUUCAGUCUUAAUUAAUUUAAAGCAUGCAUAUUAAUUACUACUCAUAUUAAUCAUCCAUGCAGAAUCCUUUCUCUUUUUUUUAGAGCUAAGGGUUUGUCAUGAUUAGUGAGGGAUUAGUUAGUUAGUAUUAAUUAAGUUAUAUAUUUGUGGAAAAUUAGUGAUUAUAUAUGUGGAUUUCUACUGAUCCAUUUUUUUCUUUUAUUAGUUUAUGAUUUGGCUGUCUGUAAGAAGAAUUAUAUGUCAAUGAAAGGAUUAUAUGUAGUUAUAUAUAUCAUUAGCAUUGUUGUUU